UCCCAUCUGAGAGAGCUGGAUCUGAGCUCCAACAAGCUGUAUGAUUCAGGAGUGAAGCAGCUGUGUGGUUUUGUGGAGAGUCCAGACUGCAAACUGGAGACUCUGAGAUUGAUGCGCUGCAGUUUGUCAGAGAUCAGCUGUGAUUAUCUGGUCUCAGCUCUGAAGGACAACCCCUCCCAUCUGAGAGAGCUGGAUCUGAGUGACAACGACCUGAAGGAUUCAGGAGUGAAGCAGCUGUGUGGUUUUGUGGAGAGUCCAGACUGCAAACUGGAGACUCUGAGAUUGUGGAACUGCAGUUUGUCAGAGAUCAGCUGUGAUUAUCUGGUCUCAGCUCUGAAGGACAACCCCUCCCAUCUGAGAGAGCUGGAUCUGAGCUACAACAACCUGCAGGAUUCAGGAGUGGAGCAGCUGUGUGGUUUUGUGGAGAGUCCAGACUGCAAACUGGAGACUCUGGUAUUGAGGCGCUGCAGUUUGUCAAAGAUCAGCUGUGAUUAUCUGGCCUCAGCUCUGAAGGACAACCCCUCCCAUCUGAGAGAGCUGGAUCUGAGCUUCAACGACCUGCAGGAUUCAGACAUGAAGCAGCUGAUUGAUCUUCAGCAGAGUCCAGACUGCAGACUGGAGUAUCUGUUAUGGAAGCCGUGGCCAUGA